AUGGGCAUCAUACACAAGGUUGAAGAAGCCCUAACGGGCCACAAGCAAGAGUCGACCCACUCUACCAACCAUGGACCCCACGACUCCAACAUCGUCAACAAGCUUGACCCAAUGGUCGAUAGUGAUAGGGACAACCGUGUUCGCCACGAGGCCAUGGGCGGUGCCGCCGGCCCGCAUAGUUCAGGGAUCGCCAACAAGGUUGACCCCCGAGUGGACAGUGACAGAGAUAACCGCGCACACAAUACCUUCAGUGCAGGCCAGGUGCCUGGCCGGGUGCCCAUCACGCAGCCCGCUAACACCACUGCCCAUGCGGAUCGUCGAUUCGACACCCUUGAGAGCACACAUGCUCCUCACCACAACCCCGGAACCUCUUCUACCAACGCAGGCCCACACAGCUCAAACCUAGCCAAUAAGCUGGAUCCCCGCGUCGAUUCUGAUAUGGAUAAUCGGGCUCGACACGAAACUAUUGCGGCUAGCAACUACAAUAAGCCCCACACUGGAGCUACUGUGGGACCACAUACGACCGACACGGCUAACAAGCUCGAUCCGCGUGUGGAUUCUGAUUUGGAUAAUCGGGCUCAACAUAAUAUUCUUGGGGGAAGCAGUUACAAUAAGCCUCACGCCGGAGCUACUGUGGGACCACAUGCGUCCGAUAUGGCUAACAAGCUCGAUCCUCGCGUGGAUUCUGACCUUGAUAGCCGCAAGGUCGGUACCCAGCGUGGCUAUAUUGGCUAA